AUGGCUAUUAACAACCCUAUCCCGAGCUCCUUGAAGGCAGAGUCAAAAAAAGCGGCUAAGGUUUUAGCAUCCUUUAUUAAACCUAAGCAGUUUCUAGGGGCGGAUGAAGUUAUUCCACCUAGUGUCUUGAAAAAUGCAAAAGGUUUGGCUAUAAUCACCGUUUUAAAAGCGGGGUUCCUAUUUAGUGGACGUGCUGGUUCUGGUAUUAUUGUCGCCAGGUUGAGAGACGGAUCGUGGUCUGCUCCUUCCGCUAUUGCGUUGGCAGGCGCGGGGGCAGGUGGCAUGAUUGGUGUGGAAUUGACUGAUUUUGUUUUUAUUUUGAACACCAAAGAUGCUGUGAAGUCUUUCUCGCAGCUUGGAUCAAUAACUCUAGGCGGCAACGUCUCUGUGGCUGCCGGACCGCUCGGAAGAAAUGCUGAGGCUGCAGCAACCGCUUCAUUAGGCGGAGUUGCUGCAGUAUUCUCCUAUUCGAAGACAAAGGGGUUGUUUGCUGGAGUAUCAGUUGAAGGGUCUGUUAUUAUUGAAAGAAGGGACGCCAAUCGGAAAUUUUAUGGACGUGAUUACAGUGCACAACAGAUUUUAACAGGACGCAUGAGUUCAUCUCUGGGGAUUGAUUCUUUGUACCGUGUUUUAAACUCACCUGAGUUUGAUGGAAGACCAAUGAUAACAAUAUGGCAAGAUAGUCCCGAUACCACAGUUUCUGCCGAGUAUGACGAUGACUAUGCUGACGACCAUUACUACACUGACACUUCAAACACUAAUUCUGCAAAUGGAUCAUUUUCUAGUGCCCGUAAAUCUAAUAGUAGUUAUAGCCAAUGGCGCGGUGGCGAAAAUCAGAUUAAGAAACAUAGUUCCCGUUAUGGUUCAUCCAGAAGUCUGAGCCAUGAUAGUAACAAUUAUGACUGGGAAGGUCCAACGGAAACUUUCCGACAAGUGAACAGUGCUACUGGUUUAAAACCAACGAGACCUACUUCUACAAAGCCUGAUUUCGGUGCUUUGGCAAAACGACAGAAUAGAUCACAAGAGAACGUCAAAGUUCAUCAUCGUCCAGCAAAAGGUAUUCCAAAGGCUGUUGCAAAGGGUAUUCCAAAGGCUGUCGCAUUAUAUACGUUUAGAGGGGAGCUACUUGGAGAUUUAUCAUUCCGAAAGGGAGAUGUUAUCACAAUAAUAAAAAGGUCACGGACGCAAAAUGAUUGGUGGACCGGACGUGCCAACGGUAGAGAAGGCAUAUUUCCUGCGAAUUACGUAGAGCUUGUAUAG